UUUAUGUAUAAUUUCUGAUUUAUUUUUUAAUUUCGUCAGUCAGAUUGAUUGGUUAUUAAAUACAAAAAAUAUUUUCGAUAAAUCCAUUGUAAAUUUGUUACGUAUUUUAUGGAAGGGAUAUGUUUAGAGAUUUUUAGAACUAAAUGUUUCUCUCGCAUGAGAAUUUCAUGUUCAGGAGCCAAUCGAACAAGUUUACGUAAAUGGCGGGCUUCUCGCGCAUGCGUUAUAUAGCAACAAGUAAUAGUAAAUAAAAUAAGUUUGUCUUAAUGUAUUGAUUUAUAAUAUUCUAAAAUAUAUUCAUGAAUAAACAUUUGAAUAAUGUUUAGAAACAGUUAAAGAGAGAGGCUAAAUAACAUCUCUUUGUUUUUAUUUGAACUUUUAUUCCACUAGAACUGUUUGACGCACAUGCGUGAAAAAAAUCGCACCCCUCCACUGUCACGGUUAGCAACACAUUCAGCCAAUCCGGAAAAACCACCGAAAGAUUCAAACUUCAACGUAUAAUCGUGUAACGUAUAACGUAUAGAACAAUUCUAUCGUGGACUACUGAUCAUUCGCUGGCACAUUUCGUUUCAUUCUGCAUGAUUUCUUAUCUCUAUCAACCGAGAAAUCGAAUAUACAAUUUUAAGAUAUACUAUAUAAAAAAUAAUAAGAAGAGAAGAAAUUAGGAGCAGCACGAUAUUCGUGCUUGACGAGUAGUUUCGGACGUGAAACAUUAAUAUAUAAUUGAAUGAAUAUUGUCGUUAACAACGCUGUUCUUUAGAUGAAAUGUUUCAUAUGUUUUAAUGUACUACAGUGAUCCUUUUACUUUUAUGACUUGAUAUCAAUAUACUUUUGGAUAAUAUCCAUAUUUUACAUAUCUCAUUGACAUAAUGGCAGACUAUUUUAAUAUACGUGCACCACAAUGGAUAGACUUUACUCAAAACUGCAGCCCUGUACGGAUACAAGAUUUCUUCGAAAAGGAGCAUACAGUACAUGAACGUAUAGAAGAACCUUGUAACUCUACUACUGAAAAUAUGGAAAAUGCUCAACUUGCAUCUCAGGUAGAUGUCUUGUGCGUUAAUGCAAAAGCGCAAGCAGAUUUGGAUAUUAUAAGAAGUACUCCUGUCAAGGUGAUUUCUCCAAAAUAUCGUAAUAAUAAAGAGACAACAGAAAUAACUUAUGAUCAGGUAUUUAAUGAUGCAAUGAGAAAACUGGAGCUCUGUAAAAAGAUGCCUAAAACUCGAGAUGUACUAAAUAAAUCUACCCAAGAGCCUAAAAUUUUCAAGACUCCAAGCAUGCCUAAAAUUACUAAAUCGUCCAGAUCUGUUGGGUGUGUAUUGAAUAAAACCAAUCAAUCUAAUCAAGAUUUUGCACAAAAACCUACAAAAAUUAAUAAAACAUCAAGUGCUUGUAUGAAGAAGAUAUUGGUUAAACAAUCUCUGUUUGAGCAAUAUAAAGAUUCUAUGGAGAAUAACUUUAAGACAUCCAACAAUCCAGUAGAUGAUGAUCCUACAAAUAAGAAGGCUAAACAACUUCAAGAAGAAAAACUCGAAGAAGACAAACAACUUCAAGAAGAAGAAUUCAAAGAAGAUAAUGAAGAAUACAAGGAAGAAGAUAAUAAUAAAGAACAUAAUAAAGAAGAUAAUAAUAAAAAAAAUGACGAAAAACAUAAUAAGGAACAUAGCGAAAAAGAUAAUAAGGAAUAUAAUGAAGAAGAUAAUAAUAAGAAACAUAACAAAGAAGAUAAUAAGAAGUUGCAAGAUGGACAAGUAUUCAACGACAAUGAAGAUAACAGGAAAGCAGGGAAUAGUCAGCAGGAUGAUGUAGAUGUGAAAGGUAAUCGAACGCAGUGUAUUAAACAAGUCACAGUUCUCACUUGGCAAAAUCAUAGACGAAGCAUGCACAAACGUAAAACGUCGGUCAACAAGCAGUACAUCGGAUUAGCGGAAGCGGCGUCGCGCUUCCAAAAUGAAACACCCAAGCGUUUUCGCACCAGAAGCAACAAGGACACAAUUAGCCCAUCCUUUUACGCGUCCAAAUUGACGCAAAAUCGUUUAAAACCGACAAUACCAAUCUCGCCAGCGCUUGUAUCGAAAAAUAGGACUCGUCCCGUCACUGUAUUGAGUCAAGAGGAACGCGAAAAGCUGGAAAUGGAGGAAAUGAAGAAGCAUCGAAUUAAGGCCAAUCCGAUACCGCCUAAUGUAUUACGAGGUCCGCGCGCGACGAAAGUCAACAGUGUCAUGAGGAAGUCGACGGUUGCAAAUACCUCUUCCGCAAUACAACCUGAUGAAAAGACCAAAAACUCAUCUCAGUCCAAGAUUGAUAAGGCGCCGUCCGGUCUGAAAAACACGAUUACGAAUGUGGUGGUAACCGAUUCCGAGGGCAUCAUCGUACAACACGAAGAGAUGGCGUUUUUUGGUGUACCCAAGAAUACUACAAAGAAUGUUACGCGUGUCGUGCCGUUUAGUUUCGAGGCGCGUAAUAAGGAUAUGCAAAUGAAGAAGGAACAGCGAUUAAAGAAUCUGCAGGAAGCCAACAAAACUAAGGCGGAGUUUCAUGCUAGGCCGGCGCCGAAUUUUUCGAAGUCGUCGACGUCCAGUUCCACGAAGCCGCCGACGCCGUCGGCCAAGCAGCAACAAAACGCGAAAAAGUUGGUCCUACCAUCUUCGUUCAAUUUCAGAGAACGAGAUAGAAAAUUGUCUGAGAAGAAGGAGCAGUUGGUGAAGCAAGUUCUCGAGGAAAACAAGCGGUCGCGCGUGUUUCGCGCGAAUCCAGCACCGGUUUUCAAACCCGUGAUGAUACGUGGUAGAUCCAAGGAACAUUUUUCUGUAAAAAACAAAAGCGUGAAAACAGAAAGCGAACACAACACAGAAUAUAAGUGCGAGGAUCAAGAGAAUAAGGAACCAAAUGAAAUUGACUCUUACAAGACAGAGGGCGAGAAUAUGACGAAAAAGAGCUCCGCUUGCAACGAUGAUAAGCAAAAGAUACCGUUGAAAGCCGUUCCACUGGAAUUGAAUACUGAUAAACGAGCAAAAGAACGACGCGCAUUUGAAGAGAAGUUGAAGCAGAAGGAAAUGGAGGAAGAAAUGAAGCGUCAAGAGCAAGAGAGGAAGCAAAUGGAGCACGAAAAACAAUUAAAAGCGGAGCUGCGUAAACUGGCGGAAGUGAAGGCCAGACCGAUGCCGAAAUAUAAACUGCCAAUUACCGCUAAAGCGACGAAACAGCUGACUAAUCCGCAGAGUCCUGCGUUCGCGAGUAAACUACUCAGAUCUAAACAGGUAUAAAAAUAUGAUAUUAAUAUAAUAUUUUUUUCCCCUUUCAAAUUCACAUAUGAUAUUUUACUCACUGUGUAUAUUUAUACAAAGGAUAAAAAAUUACAACGCAAAUGUAGUAUUAUAAAGAGUAUAAAUAAAAUUGUACUUUAGGCUUUUAUCAUCAUAUAUCAUUUUUUCUAUAUUACUUUAUAUAAUUUUCACCUGCAAUAAAUCAUGGAUUUUUAUCUCUUAAAUAAAAAAAUAAUACUAUGCUCGCUUGCUGUGUUCACAUUGGGUGUCAUUUUAUUCGAUUUCAAUUCCAACCGAUCUGAGCUUUGUAAACUUGUAUAAUAUAGCUUUUAAAAAAAUGA